GAUCAACCUGAUUUUUAUUUAAUAAUAAAGAAAAAACCCUACCCUUUGGAUCCACUAUAAAUAAGCGCAAUGAUAUGGGUCACUUUUGUACCAAGAAAAAAAUAAGCCUCUAAACUGCUCAUCAAUAAUCUCUUAGUAAAGUCCCUAAAAAAAUGUCUCUGGAUAAUAAGGCUUUACUAAUGGUUUUCUUGGUGGUGGUGAUGAUGAUCACUACUACCACUGCUGCCAAACCAUUUCCGGCUAAGAAGUACGCUCAUAAUUACUCCCACAAUGACUUCGUCGAUACCCACAACGCCAUCCGAGCAGAGGUGGGCGUUGGCCCGAUGACCUGGAACAAGACCCUAGUGGAUUACGCGCAAAACUACGCCAACUCAAGGUUAAAAAACAACUGCGAGUUCGAGCACUCCGGAGGGCCUUACGGCGAGAACUUGGCCGAAGGUUAUGGAGAAAUGACCGGCGAGCAGGCUGUGAAGUAUUGGGCAGACGAGAAGUCCCAUUAUGACUACGCCUCCAACUCGUGCGUGGGUGAGGAGUGCGGCCACUACACUCAGCUGGUGUGGCGCAACUCCAUUCACCUUGGCUGCGCCAGGACCAUGUGCCCCAAUGGUUGGAUGUUCGUCAUUUGCAGCUAUGGUCCCCCGGGGAAUUAUGUGGGGGAGCGACCCUAUUAAUCACUAAAUAUAUAUACUUAUAUUUACUAUAUAUCAAACGGAUAUGAUCGAGCUAUAUAUAUAUAAUUGUAUGGUCUAAUUGUGUGGAAAUUAUAAAGCCUAAUAAUUUCCGGGCUAAAUAUAUAUUAUCAUCUUUUUAAAAUUAUGUAUUUUCGUGAUCAAAUUUUAAAUCGUUAUAUAUCUUUUACUGUAAUUGGUGAAAAUAUAAUCUUGUAAAAUAUUUGUUUCUUAUUAGUUUGUUGCAAAGUAAUUUGUU